AUUCCAGAAAGUGACGAGCUGCAGUUCGGUCGAGUGUUCUCUUUAUACUUAAGCGUUAAGGUUUUUCGUUUUGAAAAAAAAAAAAGAAAAUCAAUUUAUUUUUAAUUUUGUGCGCUUUCUUAAAAGUUGAGAUAUACUCUUUUAUCGCCGCCUCCUAAACUAAUUCGACUCCAGAGAUCGACGAACCCCCAAGAGCGAACUCGCAGAGAACAAUCGGGAAUAUAUACAAUUUUCGAUUGAGUGUUUUCCUUUGGGUCUUAGAAAAGUAUAUUUAAAGUAUCUAUAUACUUUUUCAACAUCAUCAUAUUAUUAUCAACAUCGGUGCUUUGGAGGAGCCUCAGUCUUAGAACUUCUCUCAGUCAGUAACCGAUCGUGCUUCGAAGUUGUCGCAGUUUCUUCUCUGCCUUUAGCUUAGCAUACAUUGCUCUAGAACUUCGGUUUCGAUUUUCUUUUUUUUAAUUGUAAUUUUAUUCGUGUGCAAUCAAAUUGCGUGUUUUUGUAAUAAAAUACAUUAAACUUUUUAUUUAUCGACUUGAAAAUAAAAAUCUUUAAACACAAAUAUGAGGGAAAUCGUUCACUUGCAAGCCGGUCAGUGUGGAAACCAAAUCGGCGCUAAGUUCUGGGAAAUCAUUUCUGAGGAACAUGGAAUCGACCCAAACGGUAUCUACCAUGGUGACAGUGACCUGCAACUGGAAAGAAUCAGUGUCUAUUACAACGAGGCAUCAGCAGUGACACGUUCAUCAGGUGGUAAAUAUGUCCCACGUGCCAUAUUGCUCGACCUCGAGCCAGGCACCAUGGAAUCCGUCCGAUCCGGUGAAUAUGGUCAACUCUUCCGUCCUGAUAACUUCGUGUUCGGACAGUCUGGAGCUGGCAACAACUGGGCCAAGGGCCACUACACCGAAGGUGCUGAGCUGGUUGACAAUGUGCUCGACGUAGUGCGGAAGGAAUGCGAAAACUGCGAUUGCUUGCAGGGCUUCCAACUAACGCACUCGCUUGGUGGAGGAACCGGUUCUGGAAUGGGAACUCUGCUUAUUUCCAAAAUUCGUGAGGAGUAUCCCGAUAGAAUUAUGAACACUUACUCCGUAGUGCCAUCCCCAAAGGUCUCUGACACCGUUGUAGAGCCAUACAACGCCACUCUGUCCAUCCAUCAGCUGGUCGAGAACACUGACGAAACCUAUUGUAUCGAUAACGAAGCUCUUUACGAUAUUUGCUUCCGAACGCUGAAGGUAUCCAACCCGAGCUACGGCGAUCUCAAUCAUUUGGUCUCCCUUACCAUGUCCGGUGUGACGACUUGCCUUCGUUUCCCCGGCCAAUUGAAUGCUGAUCUACGUAAGCUGGCCGUUAACAUGGUGCCUUUCCCACGUUUGCACUUCUUCAUGCCUGGAUUUGCACCCCUCACAUCCCGUGGAUCGCAACAAUACCGAGCCCUAACCGUUCCCGAGCUGACACAGCAAAUGUUCGACGCCAAGAACAUGAUGGCGGCAUGCGACCCCCGUCACGGUCGCUAUUUGACAGUUGCCGCAGUCUUCCGAGGACGCAUGUCAAUGAAGGAAGUCGACGAACAGAUGCUCGCCGUGCAGAACAAAAACAGCAGUUACUUCGUUGAAUGGAUUCCUAAUAAUGUGAAGACCGCCGUGUGCGACAUUCCACCGAAGGGCCUGAAAAUGUCAUCGACCUUCAUCGGAAACACAACCGCCAUUCAGGAACUCUUCAAGCGAAUCUCAGAACAAUUCUCGGCUAUGUUCAGGCGUAAGGCCUUCUUGCAUUGGUACACCGGUGAGGGCAUGGACGAAAUGGAGUUCACAGAGGCCGAGAGCAAUAUGAACGACUUGGUGUCCGAGUACCAACAGUACCAAGAGGCGACCGCUGAUGACGAAUUCGAUCCUGAAUUGGCUGAGGACGUUGAAGGAGAAUGUGUCUAACGGAAUGAGAAUCUCCUUCCUUCCUUCCUAAAAAAAACCAUUGAAAGCGUAAAAAGUUCCAAAGUUCCAUAAAAAAGAACGUUUAACUCAACUCUGCCUUAAAUCAUAUAUUUUCUACUACAUUUUACUUCAAAAAAAUAAUUACAUUAUCAUCUUUUAAAAUAUAGUGACUCUCUAGCUCUAUCUGUAUUCGUAUUCACAUCUAUAAAUUUUUGUAUUCAUGACACAUCAAAUCGCCAAUCAUUAAUUUUAGCUGUUUAAGGAUGAGAAA